AUGGUCGACGCCAUCGACCGCCCGCUCUACCACGACGUGACCAAGAACCCUGUGUACGCCUUUGUGUACCGCCAUAUUUACCCGCUCUUCGUCUCCUUUUACGCCUGGACCAUCAUCGGCGCCGAGAACAUCCCGACGAAAAAGGACGCUCGCAUUCUCUUUGUUGGCUACCACUCGAACCACAACUGGGACAUCACGCUCACAGGCAUGUCGGUGCGCCAGAUCAUGGACGAAGUGCCUGUCGGGCUCAUGCAUCGGACGCUCGUGACGUGCUGCCCAUGGCUCAAGGCCUUUGGCUGUAUCCAGGGCACGCGCGCCAAUGCGCUCGCGGCCUACGAGCGUGGCCACCGCGCGUGCAUGGUUAUUCCGGGUGGUGCUGAGGAAGCCCUCAUGGGCCACGAGAAUGCGUAUACCGUCAACUGGCAGUCGUCCAAGGGUCACUUGCGCAAAGGGUUUGCCGAGCUCGCGAUCGAAGCCGACGCCGUCAUCAUCCCAGUCGUGGUUGAAAACAUGCAAGAGAUGGUGUUCAACCCGCUCUUCUUCCUCCUCAACAUCACGUACCUCUCCAAGUUGUACGACUACUUGAUCGCGCUCCCAGGCUACAUUGGCUGGCUCUUUCUCCAAAUCAAAAUGUGGACAUGGAUGUGGACUGCGAUGCUGCCCGUGCUUCCAAUGCCGGUCAAGGCGUCCGUGAUCUUUGGCAAGCCAUUGCACCAAGAGAAAGGCGAGUCGCCCGAGCAGUAUGCGCUGCGCGUGAGCCACGAGUACGCGCGCUUGAUGGCCGCGACCAACCCCGGCGGGCUCAACUACUCGCGGGCGCUGCGGGCCCGGUUUGCCACGUAA